AUAUAUAGUCUAAGGAUAAGAAUGGAACGGAAUAUUUUUGCGCUCGCACAACAAAUUCGAUAAUAGUACCACCAGUAUCACUCACUAUCCUCAACUAUCCUUCGAUACACCGGCGAAUACUUGAAGUAGAUAUAUAUUUUUGAUUAAUCACGCUAAGGCCCUGCACGAAAUGCCGCCGCAAUUAGUAAGGAAGAAGCAUGCUAAAUAUUUCCAGAGGUUAUUGCUACAGAUUAUGCCCUCUGAAUUGACCGAGUUCGAUUACUCUCGACUCACCAUAGCGUUUUUUGCUAUAUCAGGGCUAGACAUAUUGAACUGCUUAAACGAUCUUAGCGAAGACACAAAAUUAAGGGCGAUAGAUUGGGUGUACAUGCUUCAGGUAACCGGAGCCGGGCCCCGCUCCGGUUUUCUACCCUCGCCAACGAUACCAAAGGAUGCCUCGAAAUAUCAAUGUGGUCACUUGGCAAUGACAUACAUUGGAUUAGUUACACUUUUAAUUCUCGGAGAUGACUUGAGCCGCGUCGACAGAAAGUCAAUUAUCGAAGGAAUGAGGUCUUGUCAAAAUCUCGAUGGAUCCUUUACAGCUGCUGUAAUAGGAUGUGAGAGCGACAUGAGAUUCCUUUACUGUGCUUGUUGCGUGUCCAUGAUUCUAAACGAUUGGUCGGGCAUCAACAAAACUAAAGCGAUUGACUAUAUUUUAAAGAGCAUUUCGUAUGAUGGAGCAAUGGGCCAAGGACCUGGUCUUGAAUCGCACGGAGGAUCCACAUUUUGUGCCGUAGCUAGUCUGUUUCUUAUGAACGAACUGCACAAUGUAUUGUCGCAUGAUCAAUUAAGUAGACUCAGAAGAUGGUGUCUUAUGAGGCAAGACAGUGGAUUUCAUGGGCGACCCGGGAAGCCGUCUGACACUUGUUACAGUUUUUGGAUAGGCGCUACAUUGCGAAUGCUCGAAGUUAACGGACUGUCGGAUCCGGACAAGAACAGGGCAUUCCUCCUUGCGAAUCAAGACAUCGUCACGGGAGGAUUUGCAAAAUUUGCCGACUGCCCACCGGAUCCCGUUCACACCUACCUCGGUUUGUGCGGCUUGAGUCUCUUGGAAGAGCCUGGCUUAAGCAUAAUGAACGCCGCUCUCAAUAUUUCCGACCGAGCAUACAAACACUUAUUAAAAAUCCAAGAAGUGUGGUAACGCAGUCGAUGAUUCUAUAUAAGUAUUCGUAACAAUUGAAUAUCAUAUCAGAACGCACAGAAUAAAGAGGAGGAAGUAACAUUUCCGCAGUUCCCCCAUAAAUACUAUUUGUACAGUCCUCACAAUCGCCCCUGUGUCAAGCUACUAUAAAGUGUCAAUUAACUGGAGGAUUAUGAUUCUGAGAUGCGUUAUCAAUUAUUUAAUUUGUGAUAUUCGUUAACCGUAGUUAAUGCAAACCAUAAUUUAAAUGCAUCAUGAAAUUUCCUUAUAUUUAUAAAAUUUUAAUAAAACCGAAAGAAAUCUAUGCAAGUGUUCUUGUGAUCGUUGCAUGAGCCGUUCAACGCAACUGCCUCGAUGUAUAAUGUAUAUAUAAUAAAAGUAUAAGGAGCUAUAAGAUGUAAAAAUCCUA